AUGAACACCGCAGUUCCCAAUUAUCGCGAUCCUGCAUGGAGCUGGCCCUACGAAAAAUUUAAUUUCAAGCACAAGGACCUCUUUACCACUCUUCAUGACCGCUUCAAUACUCAAACGUUGCCUCUACAAGACCUACCGGAAUUCCACAGCGAUGUCUGCGAACUUGUUGAUGAAUGCGACACUGAGGAAGAGCUCUACUCGGCGCUAGAAAAACGCAAGGAGAAGCGUAUUAACCAGUUGAGAACGGCAUGGAGUGAUAUCAAGGCGAUUAUGUGGUACAAGCCCGCCCUCAUGGCCUGCAGGGUCUGCCACGAGGAUGACUAUAAAGAUACAGAGAGGCCACCGGGAUCACUAAACGACACAAAGUUGGAGCGUUUGGCUGCCUUUAGGAGAUACGCCCGGACCCCAUCGUUUGACAACAUUGUUGCCUUUUUCGAUGGCUACGCCAGAGAUGAACGCAAUGAACGCUCCGCAAAGUGGACGGGUAGAGGCCGACAACGGGGUAUAGAGGACGAUCCCUCCGCAGCCACUCCAGGCCCUACGGAGGCGGCCGAACAAGACAAGAAGCCAGAGCCGUCACGCAGAGCGUCUUCAGGAGCCCCGGGCGGCUCGCGGCCCACAUCGUCAAGCGGACGGCAUCAUGAGGCUCGGGAGGAUCUGAUGCAGGCGUACAAAGUGAUUGAUAGGCUUUGCGAGAUGAUUGAUGUGGAAGCCACUGUUGCCAAUGAAGCCAAGGAUCUAUUCAGACGCAUGGACGAGGAUAAGAUUACGCAAGACAAUCCCAAGGAAGCUGCCAUUGACGGCUGCAUGUUUCUUGCCUGUCAAUCACACAGAGUGGUCCGUACAGAUCGACUAAUCUUCGAAAAACUCGGUGCUGAGAGGAAAAAGGUUAGAAAAGUGGUUAAAGAAUUCUACGACUCUCAGACAAGGUUCCCACAUGCAGAAGGCGAGGACGCUACGCAAAAGCCUGUUCAAACGACCGUGAGAGACAGCACGAAUGAAGAAGACGCACAAGGAUCCCAACAAAAGAGGCGACAAGAGAGUGACGCCGAUAAGCCAGAGUCGUCACGCAAAGCAUCUCCAGGAACUCCCGGCGACAGAUCGCAACCCUUGUCGCCAACGGGACAGCAUUCUCAAGUGUAUAAGAAGAUUGAGGAGCUUUGCGAGAAAAUCAACGCGGGAGAGAUUGUUUCCAACGAAGCCAAGAACAUCUUCAGGCGCGUGCAUAAGCACCCGGUUCUGAAUGGCGAGUCCCAGGAGGAUACUUUAGACGCGUGCAUCCUUGAAGCCUGUCGAAGACACGACGCAGUCCAAAAGUUUAGGGAAGGCUUCUACCCUACCUAUACCGUUGUCCAAAAGCAGAAAGUUAUUCGACUGUCUUGGCACGUCGGCCGCCCCCCGUUACGGUUCCCGUUUGCAGAAGGCGAGAGUGAUGGAAACAGUGACGCGGAAAGGGGUGCUGCCAGUCGAGACAAGUCGAAGCGGGCUGAGAAGCGCAAAAGGCCAGACGAUUCAGAAGAUGAAGCAAGAGACAAGCGGCCCAGGACUGACCACGGUUCAGUGCCCGACUGUUUCCGGGUACCUGAUUCACCCAUUAGGAAGCCAUUCGAUGGGCGUGUGUAUGUGUAUGAUGCGCCACCAGAUCCAUGGUCAUCAGAUUCAUCAGAUUCAAGCUCGCGUGGCGUGUCUCCAGUUGCAGCGCCCCGUGACGAUGCUGAGGACACGGCCAACUGGCAAUGGCCCCGAAAGAAGACGCAAAUGCCAGCUCCAAGUGCGAGCGGCCAUUCACCUCCCAAUCAACAUCCGGGAGCUGCCGACGCCGGCCAAGCGCCUCCACGAGGAGAUGCUAAACAGCCUCCAGCCAAGGAUACUUUUGCCGACGCGGUGGAUUCGAAACGAUCCAAGGGCAAGUCUCGGGCCAACCACCGGCAACGAGUCGACAAGAGACGAUCAGGCAGGGAGCGGGAGACGCCGUCACCGCAGAAGCAGCCGCUUCAAAAGAACCGCCGAGAGCGGAAGGCUUCGCCCUCGGUUGAUCAAGUUGUGCGUUCCAGGCGGUCUUCCAGGCGGGAUACCAGGCAAAAGCUGUUGUUUCUUGACGAGGACGGCACCCCAUGCGUGGCUGAUUACGAACGGAAGAUGUAA